UUGGUAAAAAGAAUGUGCGCCUGUGUGCGUGCGUUUUACUCAAGUUGUCAAUCCUUUGUCGGAGUUAAAAUCAUUCAGGUUGUUUUCAUCAGUAGAGCUACACGUGCGAUUCAACGCUUCUUCAAUUUAAUUAUUAAAUUCAACGAUAAAACACGAUCGCCAAAAUGACCGAAGUCGAAGCUAAACCCGUUGCCACGGAAGAACCUACCAAGGAGGAAGCCCCAGAAACCACAGAACAGACCGAAGAGCCUGCACAAGAAACGACGGAAAACGUGUCCAAGCUGGAGGGUUCGAUCAUCCGCCAACUGGAGUACUACUUCGGAGAUGCCAAUCUGGCACGCGAUAAGUUCCUGCAGGAACAGAUCUCAAAGGAUGAGGGUUGGGUACCGGUGGACGUGUUGCUCACAUUCAAGCGACUGAAGUCCCUGAGCGAAGACAAGAAAGUGAUCGUUGAUGCCAUCGAGAAAUCCGAUGAGGGAUUGAUCGAGAUCAGCGAGGACCGUGAAAAGCUGCGUCGCCAUCCGGAAAGACCACUUCCAGAGCAGAACGAAGAGACCCGGAAGGAAAUUUAUGGACGUACCGUGUACGUGAAAGGAUUUGCCCCGGAGGAGGGUACUCAGAUGAGCGAACUGCUUGAAUUCUUCGAACCUUUCAACAAAAUCACUAACAUUGUCAUGAGGAAGUAUCACGACAAAGCCACCAAGAAGUAUUUGUUCAAGGGAAGCGUUUUCUUGACCUUUGCCACCAAGGAAGAUUGCGCCGAGUUCCUGAAGAAGGAAAAGCUAGAGUACAAAGGCAAAGACCUGAUCCGCAAGAUGCAGGACGAUUACUUCGAAGAGAAAAAGGCCGAACGCAAGAAGAAGGACAAAAAGAAGGAAGAGGACCGUUUCAACAUUGAUCAUCUACCGAAAGGCGCUUGCGUUCAUUUGGCCGGUUUCAACAAGGAAACCAGUCGGGAAACCAUCAAGGAGACGAUCCUGAAGCUGGACGAAUCGCUGGAGGUUGCCUUCAUUGACUACCAGAAGACCGACAGCGAGGGAACCGUUCGUUUCGCUGCCGACGAUGCCGGAAAGAAGUUCAUGGAAAAGCUUACCGACAGCAAGAUCCAGAUCGACGAAGAGGAAAUCACCGCCCGCCUGCUGGAGGGUGAUGAAGAGAAGGAGUUCCUGCGAAAGGUCGUCAAGGAUCAGCAGGCACGACGACAGGCCAGCAAUGCUCGCAACAAGGGUCGCCAUCAGAAGGGAGGCAGACACCAUCACCACAAGAAUGGCGGUGAGAAGCGAAAGGCCGAAGAGGAAAGCAAGGAGCAACCCGCCAAGAAAAAGGCCCAGGAAGCGGAUGCCUAAGGAGAAUAUCCUUCACUAACAUAUUUACUAGGACUGAUAAGAUCCAUUCUUCAACCCAUGGUUGAGUUGAAACCCCCCUACCUUUAUUGCAAAGUUGUAGAGCUUUUAGAGCAUUCGACGUCUGGUUUAACUUCUUAUUUAUAAUAUACUAUAUCAGCUUAUUGAUAUAAGAAUGUCAAUAAUUACAGCACUUUACUUUGUAAUGUUCUACUAAAAUCAAUAGGUAAAGACGUGAUUUGAACUAGAAAUAAUUUUGUACGAUCUAUAAUUCCCGGGAGAAAAAUAUUAUUUUGAAGUCUAAUUUA